UUUAUUUUAUCAAAACUCAGAAGCUCACAAUCUAUUUGCUUUCGACCAAACUUUCCAAAAAACGUUCAGUCAGUGUUUAAUACCCCGUGAAAGCGCUCGACCAUGACAUCAGUAACCUCCCGUCGCCUGAACCCCCGCGAGUCCAUUUUCGAUUGGAACAACCAUGCUUCCUUGGCCCUUCAGAAGGGAAGCUACGACGAGGCUGCGUUUAUCUAUACGCAGAUCUUGGCGCGACUUCGAGCCCAAGCCAUGGCCAAUGCUGGUGUGGCUCACCGUACGAGAAAUCGUGUGAAAUUGCGUGCCAGUGCCAGUGCCAGUGCCAGUACUAGAUCUAGUAGACGCAAUGGGAGUGCUGUUGCAAGCACUGACCAGUUGUCCCUCACCUUGCUGUCUGUUCCCGCUAAUAGCUCACACAAGCCUGCUUCUGCCCCAGAUGGCCCAAGUGGCCUAAGUGGGGCCGGGGCUCUUAACCACUUUGCUAUCUAUGAUCAGGCGUUUACCACCAUUUUCAGGCGCCCUGAGCAAGCACAAGACUUGAACAGCAGGCGCCUCAUUGCCGCAUUUGCGUACUAUAACCUGGGCUUGUGCUUGCACUACAAGGAGUUUGCUAACAAGACUUACAAGCUCACAGAACUCGGGGCAGCUCAGAGAAGCUACCUCAAGGCUCUCAAGAUACUUGCUGCCUACAGGGAUCCUGGACAGACCGAAAACCUGCUUCAGCUCGUAUUGGCGCUCUACAACAACCUAGGACACCUAUACGUACACCUUUCGGACUUUCAACAGUCCGCCUGUUGCCACCGACGAAUCCAGCACCUUCUCGCGCUUCCCAGGCUACCUACCGUUCUACCCAUGAACGUGCGUGAUUGGAACUUCUUUCAGCACUCUUUGGCCCACUUUCCCACCGCUGCCAUUUCACCCGCUGCCUGAGCAUGAGCCGCCCAAGUCAAGACAAGCCAGUAGUUGUUGCUGGCUAGCUAGGCUACCGUAUCUCGCUCAGCACCAGAGACAACUGCCGGAUCGCCCGCUUUCCUAUGAUUUGCAUAUGACAUUGCGUUGCCAUUUCCAUUUCACUGCACCAUCUUGCUUUUCCUUGCUUUUCCUUGCUUUUCCUUUCGACUAGUCCACAGGUACAAAAGCUAUUUAUUUAUUUAUUUACUUCCUAAACCUACUCAGUCAUCAAUUCCGUGCAUCUU